UGUUGCUAUUUUACACAAUGGCACCUAAUCCUACUUCAGACUGGAUUCUACUCCAUGAUCGCUUUUACAGAAAGCAGGAAAUCUACUCGCUCUCAUGGAAGCAAACCGACCUUUCAAAAUUUAUGAUUGCCAGUGCUCAAUUCGGAGGUCCCAUAGCCAUGAUUCGAGACGACAAGAAGGUUCUUCUUCUUCAGAAACAGCAGCCUAUCAAACCAACGAUAUAUAUCUACAGCUCUGCUGGUAUUCUUAUUGAGCAAAUCUUGUGGGACAAGGGACGGAUUGUUUCAUUGGGAUGGACCGAUCAAGAACAGUUGGUAGUAGUAACAGAGGAUGGCUCUGUCAAAUUAUACCCUCUCUAUGGCACGAAUACACAAUUCACUCUUGGAAAGGAUGCAAAAGAGUUUGGUAUCAUUGACUGUCAGAUAUGGGGAACUGGAUUAGUGGCAAUGACUGGAAAUUAUCAACUCAUCUCAGUCACCAACUUUGAUGAACCUCGACCCAAGCCAAUGGCAGAUACUGGGUUGAUUGAGCCUCCUCACAGUUGGGCUGUUAUUCCCCCUCAAUAUACCCUCAGUAGACAUGUUGAAGUGCUGAUUGCGACUGGAGCAACUGUUUUGGUUGUGGACAGUAAGGAGUCCCAAGAUCAGCUUCUUCAACAAGGUCCUUUCACCAAGAUGGAGGUUUCUCCUAAUGGAAAGUUCCUGGCCCUUUUUACUGUGGAUGGUAAACUGUGGGUUGUUUCGACUGACUUUCAAAAGAACCUGUCGGAAUACUUGACAAAGUCAAAAAUACCCCCUCAGCAACUUGUCUGGUGUGGAACAGAUUCAGUGGUAUUGUAUUGGGACAAGAUUGUAUUGAUGGUUGGUCCGUUUGGUGACUGGAUUAAAUUCACCUAUGAUGAUCCGAUUUACUUGGCUGCUGAAGUUGAUGGUAUACGUAUCAUAAGCAAUGAAAAGUGUGAACUAUUACAAAAAGUACCAGCUGCUACUGAAGAAAUUUUCAAAAUUGGUUCAACUUCUCCUGCUGCCAUGCUGUAUGAUGCUCUUGAUCAUUACGAGCGCAAGAGUCCAAAGGCAGAUGAAAAUAUCCGUAGUAUCAAGGCAGAUUUGAUUGACGCGGUUGAUUGCUGUGUGGAAGCUGCCGGCUUUGAGUUUCAUCAUCAUUACCAACGCUCUCUUUUAAAGGCGGCAUCAUUUGGUAAAUGUUUCCUUGACCACUAUAAUGCAGACCGAUUUGUGGACAUGGCACAAACAAUAAGAGUGCUUAAUGCAGUGCGAUUCUAUGAUAUCGGCAUUCCUCUUACUUAUGCACAAUAUAAGCGCUUGACCCCGGAAGCUCUAGUCGAUCGACUUGUUCAGCGAAAUCAUCAUUUGCUAGCAUAUCGUAUUGCCGAAUAUCUACACGUCAGAACAGACAAGGUCUUGAUUCACUGGGCAUGUGCAAAGAUCAAAUCUUCGUCUGAUGAUGAUGACACUUUGUGCCGGACAAUCGUUGAUAAACUUGCCAAGAAACCUGGAUUGUCCUACGCAGAGAUUGCAACAACCGCUUAUAACUCAGGGCAGACACGAUUGGCCACCAAGUUAUUAGAUUAUGAGUCCAGAGCUGCCGACCAAGUCCAACUGCUGAUGUCUAUGGAAGAAGAUGAGACUGCACUCAUAAAAGCCAUUGAGAGUGGAGAUACUGAUAUGGUUUAUUUGGUUAUCUUCCACCUGAAACGAAAGCUUCCUUUGGGCGAAUUCUUCCGUGCAAUUAAUAACAAGCCAUUGGCAUGUAACCUUUUGGAGGUUUAUUGUAAAGAGCAAGACAAAGAACUCCUCAAGGACUUUUAUUACCAAGAUGACCGAAGGAUAGAGAGUGCGAAUGUGAUACUCUCGGAAGGCUUUGAUAUGGACGUUGCUACUGAAAGGAUUAGCAAGCUAAAGGUAGCUGGUAAGACAUAUCAUGAAGAUCGUGAACAUGUAUUUGAAGCCAAGUCUGUUGAUGAGGCUGUAAAACUGCUUCAAUUCCAGGUUCAGCUCGAAAAGGAUACCAACCAACCUUUUACUGGACUUUCUGUAAGCGAGACCAUAUACAAAUGUACCGUUCUUGGUCAACACGCAAAGGCAACCAAGAUUAGGGGAGACUUCAAAGUGCCAGACAAGAGAUUCUGGUGGGUGAAGCUUCGGGCAUUGGUGGAAGUGAGGGAUUGGGAAAAUCUCGAGAAACUUGCGAAAAGCAAGUCUCCUAUCGGAUACGAGCCAUUUGUUGAGGAGUGUAUCAAAGCCAAGCAAUACCAAGAAGCGUCAAAGUAUAUCUUAAAAUGUGAUCCUCCAGUGCGUCCCAUGCUGUUUAUAAAGAUUGGAGCAUUUAAGGAAGCAGGAGAACAGGCGUUCCUGAACAAGGAUAUGGAGGGGCUAAGGCAAGUGCGAGCCAAAUGUACAAAUCAUAUCGUUGCUCAGGAGCUAGAUUCCUUACUUGCACAACUUAACGCAAAAUAAAAAAAUAAAAGAGAGAUGAUGACUUGU